UCGCGGCCUGCAUUGUCAUCAAAACGACAUCUGUUUGUGUAUCCUACAUGGAAACUUAUAAAUAAAAUAUUGCAUUCUCGUUUUCUGCAAUUAUAAAAUUUUCUUUGGCUUGCGGAUCUGUACGGCAUUUCUUGAGGAAAUCGAUGGGAAACGCCAACGGCAGAGAAGAUGGAGCCAUUGGCAGCGAUGAUCGAUCCGCCGCUGAAUCAGGCAUCCGUGGCAGUUACGCGCCGACUUCUCAGCCUCCGGUUCGGGCUGCUUCAAUCGAUCCCAUGGCGAAUAGUCCGCCUCCUAGUCCCGGCCGAUCUCGAUCACCGGUCGUGUUCGCUCCUCAGGCUCCUCUAGCUCCACUGCAAAGCGGUAAUGGCCCUCCUUUUUUCAACCAAAUCUGGCAGAAUGAAACUCAUACUAUUGUUGAUAAACCUCCUGAGCGAGGAAUCCCUGUCAUGAUUACAUGGAGUUAUGGUGGUAACAAUGUGGCUGUACAGGGAUCCUGGGAUCAUUGGACUUCCAGGAAGCAACUGCAGAGAGCUGGCAAGGAUCACUCAAUUGUUAUGGUUCUCCCUUCCGGCAUGUAUCAUUACAAGUUCAUUGUUGAUGGAGAACAGAGAUAUAUACCUGAACUUCCAUAUGUAGCUGAUGAGAUGCGUAGUGUCUGCAAUCUUCUUGAUGUUAAUGAUUAUGUACCUGAAAUUCCUGAGAGUAUCAUUGAAUUUGAGCUUCCACCCUCUCCAGAAGCCAGUUAUGGUCAAGCGUUUCCAGCUGAAGAAGACUUUGCAAAAGAGCCAUUGGCAGUUCCUCAACAGCUGCAUCUCACUGUCCUUGGUACGGAGAAUUCAGAUGUAGGUACCUCUUCAAAGCCUCAACACGUUGUGCUAAACCAUGUCUUCAUUGAAAAAAACUUGGCCGCCCAGUCUGUGGUUGCGCUGGGACUGACUCACAGGUUCCAGUCCAAAUAUGUGACCGUUGUUCUCUACAAACCACUCAAGAGGUAACUUUGUACAAGGGAAAUGGAAGAAAGGGCGCUCCAGAGCCAGCAGCGGGAGUCAGGGCAACUUUUUGCCACGUUCGUAUAUGUAAUUCUGCCAGGAUUUUCCCCGUGACCAGUUUCCCUAGUACAUUGGACAGAACACGUGGUCUGAUCCCAUACAUGUAUCUUUCAUUAUAUUUGGGAAGUAAAUCGCUGUUAUUUUGGAAGCCACUUGAUAUUUUACUCAAGCAAGGGAAGGUUGGUUUUGGUGAGCAUGCUGUUGAUUGUAAGCCGCGGCAGCAAAUAUCGUAUGGAACUUGAUGACUUGCGGAGCUUUGGUGCAGCUUCUUAGUAGGCGAGUGGCUCAGCUCCCUAGCGUGGUGAGUUCUGCGAUAGAAUUAGUUUAAGAAAAGGUCCUAGAUGAAGUCGGUGCUAAAGCCUUAACAGUCCUGUUUCUAGACUGGCCUAGGACCGUCUAACGUUGUGCUCGUGAGAAACGAACAUGCUCCAUUAGGAUACUGCAUU